CCCUCAGUUUAGAGGGAGCAUCCAAAGAAAAUGUCUUUCAGGUCUCAGGACAGGUGAGGGGCGGGGGAGAAAAAAAAUGAGCAGUUCCUAUGGAAACAGACUGUGAUGGUGGACUUUUGAACGGCAGAGAAGUUGCACCACUUCCCCUCUUCUCUAACCUAGCCAAUGGAGACCAGAGCCUAGAUGCUGGGCAGGGAUUAAAUGUCAGUUCUAGAACCAUUUUGCAAAUGAGAACCUCUAUAGCGGUUCGGAGCUGGGGAAGGGGUGACGAGAGGAAGAGGGGAAAGCCCUCAGCCCUUAGCAUUCUGGGAAUUGUAGUCCCUAGGCCUCUCUGCGCAGCUGUGCCGCAGGCUCUCGCCUCUAGAUGCGUGCGCAUGCUCACCGCCAUGACUGGAAAAGAUGAUUGUCGCCGAGUCGCGUCUGUGUCAGUCUAGGCCCCGCAUCCGGUGACCAGGGUGUCUGGCCAUCUCCGCAGGUCUCUGAGGGCCUGCUCUGACUGAGGCUGCUGGGCCCCUCCUGCUGACUCCUUCCCGACUCUGCUAAUCGGCCCUGGGUAGCUACAGGGGCAACAGAGGGAGGACUCAUUCCUGGGGAGACAGAUCAGAGAGCCCCACAGUGAAGGAAGGUCCAAGCUCUGCAAGAAGGUGAAUGUGGAGGAAGAUGCCACAUCUGACUUGAGAUCUUUGACUAGAGCUUUGGGGCAGAAAGGAGCAGGUCCUGGAGCUGCUGGUGCUUCAGCAAUAUUCUGACCCACCUGCCUGGUUAGAUAGCAAUUGGGUGACAGCAGAACACCCAGAAGCCAUUGAGAAGUGGCUGACCGUGGAAGAUCUGACCCAAAUGCUUGGGGAGAGAGCUCUGCUUUCUCAGGACUCUGCCCUUCCCCAAGAGGGGAGCAUGGAGGAAGAGAGAAUUAACUCUGGGCUCCUGACAGCCAAAUCCCAGGAGUCAUUGACGUUCAAGGAUGUGGCUGUGGACUUCACCCCGGAAGAAUGGGGGCAGCUGUACCCUGCUCAGAGGGACCUGUACAGGGAAGUAAUGCUGGAAAACUAUAGAAACCUGGUCUCAUUGGGGCAUCAAGUUUCCAAACCACAUUUGAUCUCCCAGUUGGAGCAAAGAAAAGAACCUUGGAUGAUGGAGAGAAAAAUCCCAAGAGGGAACUUCCCAGAUUGGGAAACUAGACCUGAAACCAAGGAAUCAACUCCAAAGGAGGAUGUUGCUGAUAAAGAAUUAUCCCAGGAGGUGAUAAUGAAAAGAUUCCCAAGGGAUGGUCUUUGGUGUUCUACAUUUGGAGAGGCCUUGGAAUGUGAUGGCCGGUUAGGGAAGCAGCAAAGAAUCAAGGAGAGAAUGUUAAAACAAAUGUCAGUCACCCACAAGAAAAACUUCAGUGGUAAGAACCAUUCUGAAUGUAAUGAACUUGGAAUAAGCCUUAGUUUGAGAUCAAUAUUUGUUACCCAACAGAGAAGUUCUAUAGGAAGGAGAUGCAAUAAAUGUAAUACAUGUGGAAAGGUCUUCAAACAUAAUUUAGACCUAGUUAAGCAUCAGCAAAUAUGUGCAGGAAAGAAACCCUAUGAAUGUGAUGAUUGUGGAAAAACCUUCAGUCAGAUUUCAUACCUUACCCAACAUCGGAGAAUUCAUACUGGAGAGAAACCCUAUGAAUGUAGUGAAUGUGAGAAGGCCUUUAGCCAGAUUUCAUACCUUACCCAACAUCGGAGAAUCCAUACUGGAGAAAAACCCUAUGAGUGUAGUGAAUGUGGGAAAACUUUCAGCCAGCGCACACACCUUACUUGGCAUCAGAGAAUUCAUACUGGUGAGAAACCUUAUAAAUGUAAUGAAUGUGGGAAGGCCUUCAGCAUCACUUCAUCACUUAAUAAACAUUGGAGAAUUCAUACUGGAGAAAAACCCUAUGAAUGUAUUGAAUGUGGAAAAGCCUUUAGCCGAAGUACAGCUCUUACUCAACAUCAGAGAAUUCAUACUGGAGAAAAACCCUGUCAUUGUAAUGAAUGUGGAAAAGCCUUUAGCAGAAGAACAGCCCUUACUCAACAUCAGAGAGUUCAUUCAGGAGAGAAACCCUAUCAUUGUAGUGAAUGUGGAAAAGCCUUCAGGCAGCACAGAGCCCUUACUCAACAUCAGAGAAUUCAUACAGGAGAGAAACCUUAUCAAUGUAGUGAAUGUGGAAAAGCCUUCAGCAACAGGUCAUCCCUGAUUCAACAUCAGAGAAUUCACAGUGGAGAGAAACCCUAUGAAUGUAAUGAAUGUGGGAAAGCCUUUAGUUGGAGGACACACCUUACUCAGCAUCUAAGAAUUCAUACAGGAGAGAAACCUUAUCAGUGUAAUGAAUGUGGGAAAGCUUUCAGUGACAGAUCAUCUCUUACUCAACACCAGCGAAUUCAUACAGGAGAGAAACCCUAUCAAUGUAAUGAAUGUGGGAGAGCUUUCAGCCGUAACUCAUCUCUUACUAAACAUCAGAGAAUUCAUAUUGGAGAAGACCCCUAUGAAUUAAGUUAAUUUGGGAAGUUAUUAAUUCAUACUGGAAAGGAACCCUAUGUAUGAGGGAGACCUUUCUUGUACAAACUGAGACCUCAAUAGACAUUACUGCAAAGUCUCUGAAGAAUAACACUGAAAAUGAAGUGGAUUUAGAGAAAUUUCUUUCAGACUCAUAAAUAUCCUUGAAUUAUAGAAUCAUGUAAUUUGAGUUGAAAGGGACAUCAGAGAUAAUUUAAUCCAACUCAUUCCUAAGCAGAAAUGUCUCUAAAAUCAUCUCUGCCAAGUGGUCACCCAGCCUCAGUUUGAAGGUUCCCAGUGUGGAGGAAAUUCACUACCCCUCCCCCCAAGAUAUCAUUCUACUUUUGAACAGUUUCAAUUGCUAGGAACUUUUCCCUUAAAUCAAACCAAAAUCUACUUUUUCCCCAUAUUUCUUACUUUCAUAUGUUGUCUUCUGCCAUUAGAAUGUAUACUCCUUGAGGAUAGGACUGGUUUUUUUUUUGCUUGUAUUUUUGCCCCCAGUGCUUAGCUCAGUGCCUGGCACAUAGUAAGCACUUAAUAAAUGCUAUAUCUAUCUCCUCUGUCAUUUCAUUUGUUGUUCUUAAUCUUAUCUUCUAGUUGAAGACAGCUAUCAUGUCUUUUCUAGUCUUCUCCGCUUCAUUUGGUUGUUUCUUAUAUGACAGGCUCUCUAGUUUCCCUUACCGUCCUGUCUGGCAAAUAUCCUUACUAAAAUGUGGUUUCUAGAAGAGAACACCAUCCUCCAAAUGUAGCCUAAGUAGACCAAGGAUAAGUUAAUAUGCAACAGUUUGUGCCGGCCAUAAGUUUGUUUGUACUGCUAUUUUCUCCUUUAUUUUUUUCUCUCCUACUAUCUCUUGGGAUUCUUGUAACAAAGUCUGAAUGUAAAGUGUGCUGGUCUCAGUUUUCAGAUGACAUCUAGUUGUUUUCCAGGUGUAUAUAUA